UUGACUUCUCUCAAAAGAGGUGGUCGCACUUCAAGACUUCUCUUUUCUUCCUCGAAAUCAUUUGUUUUUCUCGAGGAUAUUUGAUCUCCUCAGAGGGGGAUUUUUCCUCCUCGAGGAUUUUUUCCUCCUCGGAUCCAUUUUUUUUUCCCCUCCGAGGAUUUUUCCUCAAAACGAUUUCUUUUUACAAAAUUUUUUCCUCAGAUUUUUUUCUGAACCAUUUUCCUGACAGGAUUAUUUUUCCUCCAGAGAACCCUUUUUCUCUUGAGGGGAUUUUUUCUCUCCUCAAAAACUUUUUGCCUUCUCUAAAGCUGAUUUUCCUCCUCCGAGACUUUUUGUCCCCACUCGGACUUUCUGCCUCCUCUGAGACUUUUACCUCCCUCGAGACUUUUCACCUGCCUUCCAGACUUUUCGCUGGUCUCGGAGACUUUCCCGCCUCACUCCGAGACUUUCACCGCCAGGGACUUUCACCACCAGAGACUUUCACCUCUUCCAGCCCAAUUUAGGGCUACAACGACCGCCAUCAUCCCUCGCCUCCGACGCAGCCGACGCCCGCCCCCGCCCCUCAGCCACCAGGGCCUCAGGCAUGGCAACAGACGAGCCAUCCAAGGACGUGGAGGUCCUCGAGUGCGAGCAAGCCUCCUGCAGCACUACACCCAACAUCACCACAGCCUCCUCUUCCACUUUCGAGGGAGCAACACCCGGUUCUCCGGUGCCCACAACAUCCGCGGUCACCGAGGAAGAAGAGGAGGAGGACGAGGACGAGGAGCUACCGGAGUCGGCCUACUGGGGGACGGUGCUCAUGGAUCAAGAGUUCGAGGAGCUGGACAUCAACGACGGGUGGCAGCAGGCCCAUCUCGAGGUGGCCGACCAAUGCUUCGAGUAUCCUUGUCUGGUGGCUCGGGCACCGGAGAACCGGUACCGCAACCGCCACCGUUACGUGAGUCCUUACGACCACAGCCGAGUUCGUCUGAAGGCAGCCUUCCGGAGCCCAGGGGGAGACUUCCACCCCGGGCUCGAUUUGGCUUUGUCCGUGGUAGGGGAUUCCUUUUCCUUCUCCUCCGUCUCCUUCAGAGGCGCCGGCGGCGGCGGAGACAGAGGCAGCAGAUUUGGUGGAGGCAGGCAGAAAGGCUGGGUCGCAGACGCGCACAACGACUACAUCAACGCCAGCCUAGUGGUGAUGCAGGUGGCCCAGCGGAAGUACAUCCUGACGCAGGGGCCCCUGCCCAACACGUGCGGCCACUUCUGGCUUAUGGUAUGGCAGCAGAACAGCAGGGGGGUGGUAAUGCUCAACAAGUUGGUGGAGAGGAGCUCCAUCAAGUGCUCCCAGUAUUGGCCCCCCCACCUGGGCCAAUCCCUCCUCUUCGAGGAGAUGUCCAUCAGCGUGCACCUGGAGGGGGAGGACGUGAGGGCCUACUACAAGAUCCACCACCUGAGAUUGGAGAACAUGGUAACGGGGGAGAAGAAGCCCAUCUCCCACUUCCAAUUCACCCAGUGGCCCGACUUAGGGGUGCCUGAGUCCCCCAUCCCCUUCCUUGCUUUCCUCUCAGUAGUGCGCGACUCCGGCUGCCUCAGCCAUGAGCAAGGGCCAGUGGUCAUUCACUGCACGUCUGGCAUUGGGCGUUCUGGCGUCUUUGCUCUGGUUGAUGCCUGCCUGGUCAUGAUGGAGAGUAAAGAACAUCCCUUUUCUCUGAACAUCAGACAAGUCCUGGUGAACAUGAGAAAGUACCGAAUGGGGCUUAUUCAGACCCCAGAACAGCUAAGAUUCUCCUAUAUGGCUGUCAUUAGAGGGGCAAAACAACUUAAAAAAAACGAACAACAGAAAAAGUAGUGAUGGCCAAAGGCCCAGCGAUUAUGAUGAUAAUUUGUGACCCUAAAGAUAGAGACAAUACAUGCUGGUUUAAAAAAAAAAAAGUAGAAAUGGAGAUUAGUUUCUCAGGCCUAUCCACCAAAUGCCAAAUAUUAGAUUAGAAAGCAGUUAAGAUAUAGAAAAUGACUUAGAGAAAAUACAAAAGGUCGUAUAUAGAGGAGGAAGUGCUCUACAACAGAGAGAAGAUAGGUGAAAAUGACCUUAAAAGAAAAAGGCUCAAUCCUUAGAACAUGUAAAACCUAGUAAAACUGAUUGUGAAAAGGUUUAAUAUGAAUAUGUUACAACAGUUCAUUUUGAACCACUGAUAUGCAAAAGCAAGACCUUUUCCCUGAGGUUUGUGAGAUAUAAAAAAAAGUCUCACCGUUAUUUUCCAACACCAAUUUAUUGCCAGGGAAUAAAGUGCAUCUUGUAGUAAAACCCUUUCGUUCGAUGUUUUAAGAGUUUUUAGAUAGUAAUAAGAAUCUUUUAAGUUUGUAAAUCUAUAAAUUUGAUUAAUAUGUAAAUAAUUAUAAGAAACAUAGAAAUGUUUAAGAAAAUAAGUAAAAAUAGACUGUUUUGUGUUUUAAUACUGUUCUCAUGGGGGGGGGGGUUAAUGUUGAAAGUCUUAAGCUGAUAAAAGGUUAAUUUCAUUACAGAAAUGCUUUGACAAAUGACCAAUAUGAAAAUGUUUUUUUUUUUUAAACAUGUAUAACCUACAACAAAUUGCUUACCAACUUUGGGAAA